GGUGUGUUUUGGCUUCCUUUGUUUAGGCAAAAAAUGGCAAGCAAAGCAACUGUUGAGCUUGAGGUGGCUGAUACUACCUGUCAUAUCUGUUUGGAGCAGUACAAGCACCCAAAGUUGCUGCCCUGUGGACACUCAUUCUGUCUCCAAUGUCUGGUUAAGAUUGAUGAAGCCAACACAAAGCCUAGAGCUUUAUUUAGGCAAACUGUCAUCUGCUGCCCAGAAUGUAGAACUAAUCACAAUAUUUCAAAUGGCCCCUCAUCUUUGUUGACUGACUACACUAUGUUGUGGGAGGUACAAACGUUGGCCUGGCGCGCUGGGUUGGAUAAGAGGCGCUCUAUGUGUGGGGGGUGUCCUGAUGGUCGUGGUUGCAGCUGUUUCUGUGUUGACUGCGAUGAUUUCCUGUGCUCAUUCUGUGUACAAGCUCACAAACGAAUGAAGACUUUAGCCAAACACAAGUUGAUUGAUAUCAAAGAACUGGCUACUGUCAAACCAACGCCGGAGCCUACAAUGUGUGCAUCUCACCUGUCCCUACCGGUCAGCAUGUACUGCUCCACUUGUAGUCUGCUCAUCUGCACUGACUGUAUUGCUCGUCCAGUGGGCUUAGGGGGCAGGGGCACUAGCCACUCCACACACACACUCCACACUCUCACUGCUGACACACUCACAUCCUUUGAACACAAACUGGAUGACCUUAUCCAAGAUAUUGACAAAGCUGUAUCCCAAAGAGCUCAGAGGAUCGAUGAAAUCAACAACGCUCAAGAAACGAUGAAAGAAAAUCCGAUCAAAUUGAAACAAGCUAUUGAUGAAAUGGCAGAUAAGUGCUUGUUAGCUGUAGAGCAACUGAGGGCCAAUGCACAUGCACAAGUCGACCAAAAACUGGCAACCAGCUUGGAGAAAAGUAAUGAACAAAAACAGAUGAUUACUGGUCAACUAAAUACGCUCAAGUCUUGUAUACGGUUUGUACAGAAAACGCUUUCAUGUCGCGAACCUGCUGCCAGAACGGCAAUGGUUGCUAAGGCCGCUAGUGUGUUGACAGGGGUUACAUUGGCCUCUACUGAAGUAUCAGCAACUGUACCGCUUGUUAUGGCUGUGAAAGAUAUCGAAUCCAUGCUCCAGUCUGAAAGACUAGUGUCAGAAUUCAACUCAUCCAAGAUAAAGGUGACUGGUUGGACCCACUCUACCCUCAGAAAUCAGAUGGUAAUACAAGUAACUAUUCCAGUGGUGCCCCCUCCAAAGCCAGAGUUCAGAGUGGAAUACAGUAGCUUACGUCGAGAGCUUCCAUUGAAGGUCAAGGCAGUGGACAGCAAAACUUGGAGAAUAGAGUUCACUCCGUGCUACAUUGGAUACCAUUAUUUGAAGGUGAAGCUGUUUGAUCAAUGGUUGGAUAUUCCAACAUCAUUGCAGUACAUGUUUAGAGAUUCUGGUGAUUCGAUUACCAUUGGAGGCGCUCUGAGAAAGGGUGAUAUUGUACGACCUUUAACGAAAGAUAACACUGGGGAUCGUCAAGUUGGAAGAAUUGAUAAACUAAGUAUUCGUCCCAGUAAAAAAGGGAGCACUGACUUUUACAAGAUGGACAUUAUGUGGAAUUAUGAUACAGACAAUUCAGUUCUAGAAGAAAACCACGAGUUUUCUUAUUUAGGAGGUAGUAGCGGCUUUCCUUUUGAACUUGUCCUUAGCUGAACACAUUUUAAAAUCUGUUGUUGAGUUAGGUAUAUGUAUGUUGUGCAACUGUAUAUUGUUGUGUGUCAAUUACCUUUCCUAUACCAUAAAUAGAUUGUUUCUUCAUGUAGUUUCAGUUAUUGUACGCUGUAUUUGGAAUGUAUGUGG